CAUUUACUUACUUUGCAGCUGAAUUUCAAUGCAACACAUGUGAACAUGACAUAAAGACGUGCUGUUCCGGUUAUGGAAAUUUAAAUAAUGGCCGCAGCCCCCAACCAACUUGCUGCGUCGCUACCUGCGAAUUUCAAUACCGCGGAUUACCGCAAGUGGGAGCGCCAGAGCAGGAAAGGUAAGGGGGUGAAACACACUGGCCGGAAGUCCUCUCUCCCCCCAGUUCAGCAGCACGGCUCCACACCCCUUUCUGCCUACACCGUCUCUACAACGACUGCCUCUGGUAAAGCCAGCCCAACCAUAACCAGAACAUGUGCAACGACACCUUUCUGUAAGAAACAAAAGAAGAAAACUGUUCGAACCGACCCCAGUGCUCUUCACAAAGAGGACAGCUACAGAAUGCUCCAGGUGCAGAUUAAGUCAAAGAAGCAAAUGAUUGCAGAGUACGAGGCCCACUGUGCAGCGCUUCAGGAAGCCAACAUGAGGCUGGCGGCUGAGUUAGACACGAAGGAGGGGAAUGCUGUGGUAAAUGCCAGGGAGUUCCUGGUUCAGUAUGAGAGACUUGGGAGCCAUAUUUCAGCUUUCAGUGAGUGGAGUAGCAGACAGAUUAAGGAAAAAAGAGCUGACCUUGAGGAUAAAGAGAGCAUGGCGCAGAAAGAUUGUGAUGUGCUUGCAGAGCAACUGAAAGGAAUGAUGUCUAAAGUGAGGACAGCCCAUGGUGAUCUCUACACUCUGAAGACCUAUAAGGACAAGAAGUAUCCUGUGAAAUCCCUGAGGAUCGCUGAGCUACAGCAAGAAAUAAACAAACUAAAGGAGACGCACGAGGAUGAAAAGGAAGACAUUGAAAUGCUGGCGCAGAGUGAAAGGGACAGGCUAGAGAAACUGAUCAAGAACGAAAGCGAUUGCAUUUUGUCAGGGAUUGCUGAGCGUAAAAUGAGUUACGUUCCAGCUGGUAUUAAAGAGAUGGCCUUUCACAAUACCGUGAUGAAGAAAGAAAUUGAAAUUCACAAACGAGUGGCCAAAAAACUGGAAGAAAAAAAUCUUGAACUGGAAGAAAAUAUUACGCACCUACUGCAAAACAAAAAAGACAUCAGGAUGGAAAUUUUCAAUAUACUGCCAAAAUCAAAAUGUACUCCAGAUAUGGACGUGACCCUAAACCUCCCGAGAGAGGAGUGGCUUCCGAUCUAGCUGCACAGUGAAGAGGAUGUGUCUGUAGCUUCCGAUCUAGCUGCACAGUGAAGAGGAUGUGUCUGUAGCUUCCGGUCUAGCUGCACAGUGAAGAGGAUGUGUCUGUAGCUUCCGAUCUAGCUGCACAGUGAAGAGGAUGUGUCUGUAGCUUCCGAUCUAGCUGCACAGUGAAGAGGAUGUGUCUGUAGCUUCCGAUCUAGCUGCACAGUGAAGAGGAUGUGUCUAUAGCUUCCGAUCUAGCUGCACAGUGAAGAGGACGUGUCUGUGCAGUUGUCUGUAUAUUUCAGGGUAACACGAGUCUGUUAAACGGUGUAUCUACUGUGACAUUAUCUUUUUCUCACACUGUACUGUAGAACUCAGAUUCAGUUCAGACAUCAGCCAAUUAAAUCUACCAAACAGAGCUUCAAAUAAAAAACAACAGCAGCAGCAGCAGCAA